UGCGCAUCAGGGUCUGUCGCGAUGGAGCUCCUCGGGGACUUACCGCUUCGCUUCUCUCGCUUGCCCAUGUUCCCCUUCUUUGACUUAGCGCAUUAUAUGGUCUCCGUCAUUUCUCUGAAGGAGCAGCGGGGAGUAGUUGAAGUAGCACAUAGCAGCCCACUUGCAUGUUGGUUUAGUGCUAUGCUUUACUGUUUUGGUGGGUCCAUAUUAUCUUCGCUGAUGCUAGCAGAACCUCCCGUUGCAUUUCUUGCCAACACCACAGGUGUCCUUCUCGCCUCAUCCGUCUGGUAUCUUAUAUUUUACUGCCCACAUGAUCUAGCCUACCGCUGUUUCUGUUUUCCACCUAUACGACUGAUGAUUGCAGGAAUGAAGGAAGUGACAAGAACCUGGAAGAUAACAGGCGGGAUUGUCCAUGCGCAUAGACGCUUUGCAGACGCCUGGCUAAUCAUGAUAGCAGUUGGUUGGGCUAGAGGAGCUGGUGGCGGUCUAAUAUCCAACUUUGAACAGUUGGUGAGAGGUAUAUGGAAGCCUGAAACUAAUGAACUGCUGAAGAUGUCAUAUCCUGUGCAAGUAAGUUUGAUAGGAGCAGUGCUCUUCACGAUGCAGUGCACCUUUUACCUUCCAAUAACAAAGCACAAUCUCAUGUUACUUUAUACCAUCUUCUUGGUGGCCACAAAGGUAAAGAUGAUGGUGACAGGAUGCACUACUUCUCCGUUUGCUUCCCUGGAGGAAACCCUGGGCUGCCUCUUCUUUGGCCAGAAGCCAACUGGUUCACAGACAAAGGAUGAGGCCAACGGGCCCUCAAACGGCAUCUCCUCAGCCUGUGAAUGUUUUCUUGAUGGAGAGAAGAGUGAGGCAGUCCAAAGGAAACAUGCAAAGAAAACUGAAUGAAAACCUCAAAAGUGCUAAGGAUGGCCCAAGAUGGCUUGUUUGUGUGUGCCCAUAAAUAUGUAGUGUUUCUCUUUCCCAAUAAUGUGAAAUGACAAUUGUGCAUGAAGAAAUUCCUGUGACAAGAGGGUGGCUGCACUGGUCCUUCAGAGAAGAUUUCUGGGCAAACAGCAAUUCAGUGGAGCUCUUAUAUUGUCCAUGAACUGCUUCUGUUGUUUACUGCAGCAGUUCCCAUCCUGCUGUCAUUUGGACAUUUUGGGAUGACAGCUUCCACAUUUCCUAGCCUCCACAGCCCUAAAGGUACCAGAUUAGGGGAGGCUGGACUACUACUCCUGCCCUAGGGCUCUGUAUAGCUUCUGAAGCUGGCUAUUUUUUUUGUAAACUAAAAUUCAUAGUUGAAUAAGAUGCAUCAUGUCAGUUUUUUCCUAAUUGAAUUUAUUUAUUUAUUCAGUUUAGAUGGCCGCCCAUCUCACUAUAGUGACUCUGGGCGGCUAACAACAUUUAAAAUCAAAAUACAGACAACACAAAGCAUAGAACAUCAAACAACGAUAAAGAGAUUAUACCGUGAUUUAAUUUGAUGAGCAUUUUUACUGUGUUUUUCUAUUUAAGAAAACAAAGCCUAACUUUUAAAAAGCUUGUCAAAAUAUUUUCUGGUAUUUUCUGAUAGUAGCAAUACAUAAGAACCAGAUUUUAGAGUAUGGUUCAUCCAGAGUUGGGCACUUCUAAAUAUCAAUGGGAGAGACUUCAGCAUAUGUAUGUUUGAUGAUUUCUUAUUGCUUCCUUAUGACUGAAUUGUAUCCUGAUAUUUUGUUCUUUGACAAAAAAGAUGCUCUUUCAGUCUUUCAGUCUACAAAUAUUUUGAUAUAGGAUUUGAGGGAUGCUCACUUUUUUCUGAUAUUGGCAGAAAAUCUUAAAUGUUAGAUACCCUACUAAUGAGCUGAUUUGAAAGCACAAUUUUUUAAGUGUUUACACUUGGCUUGAAUCACAAGCUAAUUUGUAUAUGUUUUCCACAGAUCUUUCAUACUAGAUUUUCAAAUUUUGGAUAUUAAAUGAUUUGUAGAUAUCCCCACUUUGCUGGAUUUUUUUGCAGGGGAAUGAAACUUUUUGAGACAGAAUUUAUAUGGAAUGUACCUUUCAGUCACUCUUAGAUAAUUUUGAAAACAAGACAGUAUUAUUUGGAACCUUGACUGAGGCUGAAAAAGACAAGACAGGGAUUACAUCUCACCUGGCAGGAAGGUAGGUGGGAAUUGCAGGGAAAUCUCCUUUUCCCUAGUCACCAAACAGCCUAUAAUGCAUGGCCAGCAGUCUGCACUUGGCUCAACCAAGCUGUCUCCAUUUCUUUUAGUAUAUGGUUGAUUGUUUUCAUGAGCAUUCUGAGACUAACAUUUGUAAUCUGUCUUUUAUAAGCAACUAAAAUCUUUUAUCCAGGUCAAAAAUGAAGCAGAAAACAGGGAUUUUUUUUUUUUAAAGAAUGACAUUUGUCAUAUCAUUUGAGGCACUUUUCAUUCUAUGUCUUCUCUUCCGGAAGAUUGGAACAAGAGUGUCCAGAAAGUGUGUUAAAAUAUCCAUGUAGUGUUAUUUUGAACUUGGUUUGUACAUACCUGAAAAAUACAAGUUGGACACCAGCAGCCAAUGUGCUUCAGACAUUUAUGAAGUUUUUUUUUUAAUGCAUGCUGGUAAAAUCACUGAUGUCUUUUAUAUGACUGGGCUGAACAAGUGUCUUGAUGCUUUUUAGUCCUAGAAUUUUUUUUGAAAUGCCUUUGGUACUGUUGUCAACAGUCUCACAGUAAUUACAGUGUAGACUUUAUAGCACACAUUAAUGUGAAAAUGUAUUUAAAAUUACUGUUAAAAUACUUAGUUAGAAGAUGGUAUGCCUUGCCUUUGAAUUCAGUGUGCAUUUUAAAAACCUGCUAUUAAACAAUGGAAACAG